GGAGUGCCCCGGGGGAUGGUGGCCGAUUCUUGUCCAAGGAAGUUAAAUUUAAAGGUCUGUGAGCUAAGAUCGUAGACGUAAAGGGAAAUUAGCCGUAUUAAUUCCAUGUUAUUUUAUCUGGCUGGGUUUCCAAACUUCACAGAAAUUAGGAUAUAGUCAAGUUGUAAUGGACACCAGGAAUGCAUAAUAAUGUGAUCUGUUGCAUCAUUGUCUUCGCUGUUCUUUCCUUUGUGCUGAGUUUUAUCUCGAUCAUCUUCCUGUAUAUUGGAAUGCUCCUUAAAGAACAAACGAUUGAUUGAAUUUGACACUAUUGAUCACCAUGUUGGCCCAAAUUCUGCGCGAUAUGUACGUAGAUCCUGAGCUGCUGGCUGAGCUUCCAGAAGAACAGAAGCAAAUUCUUUUUGUAAAAAUGCGAGAGGAGCAAGUGCGACGAUGGCGUUUACGAGAAGAUGAACUGGAAAAGAAAGAAGCAAUGAAUCCACCAAAACCACGUCCACAGAAAGCAAAUGCAAAAUGUGUAGAAUUUUUGAUUGCUGUUGAUGGAAAUCCAUGGGUUUGGGUACUAGGAGAAGAUGAUGAUGACAAACAAGAUUUUGAGGCAGUUUUGAAGAAGAAGGAAUUAGAAGCUCUGGCUGAAGAUGAAAAGAAGGCAAAAGAACUUGCACAUAAAGAAAUGGAAGAAAUAAAAAGAAAGGAACUUGAGAGGCAGGAGGAAGAAAGGAAACUGAAGGAAGAAGAGGCGAGGUUGGCCAGGGAAGCGGCUGCAAGAGAAGCUGAAAAGAAAAGACUUGAAGAGGAAGCAAGACUAGCUGCUAAAAAAGCGGAAGAACUGAGGAAGGAGGAGGAAAGGAAACGUCAAGAAGAGGAGAGAAAGAAAAGAGAAGAGGAAGAACGCAGGAGAGCAGAGGAAAGAAGGAAAAAGGAGGAGGAGGAAAAGAGACAAGCUGAGGCAAGAGAGAAAUGGAAGGCAGUUGAAGAAAAACGAAAAGCCGAAGAAGAGAAGAGAAGAAUUGAAUUGGAGAAAAGAAAGCAAGAGGAAGAACUCGCUCGAAAGAAAGCAGAAGAGGCUGAAAGAAGAGCUGAAGAAGAGAGAAAAGCAAGGGAAAGAGCUUUGGAGGAGGCAAGAAGAAAGAAGCAAGAGCAGGAAGCGCUUGAAAAAGCUCGAAAACUGGAAGAAGAGAAACGAAGGGUAGAAGAACAACAAAAGGAAGCAGAGAAAAAACAAAGAGAGGUGAUAGAGCGCUUACAACAAAGAAAGGCAGAGAAAGAACGCCGAGAUAAGGAACUGUUGGAAAAUGAAUCUAAACGAGCACAAGAGAUAUAUGCGAGCUUGAGAAAGGCACGAGAGGCGCUAAAAAAGAAAGAGGACGAUCAAAUGCAAAAAGAGGAGGCAGCAUGGAAGGAACAACAAAAGAAAGCUGACGAUGAAGAAAACCGAAGGAGAAGCUCUGUUAGUGUAGCGCGGAGGGAAGUCUUAAGAGAGCGAGAGGAGGCGAAGAGGAGAAGCAUGAUUGAGCCGACACGAAGGAAAUCAGUUAGUGCAAAACCACAGAGACCACCGCCACCCGUACCUUCAAGACCCAGUGAUGUCAAACCUGCGGCUCCCCCCAGACCUCCUCCGCCAAGCAAUACUACUCCUCUCAGGCCAAGAAGGAGCGUCAAACCAAAAAGUAAAAAGAACGUUAUCGAGUGGUUUCGGCAAGAAGAACUAGCUAAGAGAAUUUGUUACGACGGCGAUCAGAUACUACCUUAUUUUCACGGAAUAAUCUCCCGACAGGAUGCUGAAAAUUUGCUCGUCAAUAAACCACCGGGGUCGUUUUUGGUUCGCGUGAGCGAGAGAGUUUGGGGUUAUACUAUAACUUACCGUGCACCGGAGCGCUGCAAGCAUUAUCUGGUCGACACCAGUGAAAACACUUACCAGUUUUUUGGCCACAAUCAGAUCGCUCAUGAGACUCUCAAAGAUUUAGUGGAAUUUCAUAAACAGAGACCAAUCACUGGAGUGGGACAAGAACUUUUGAAAAUCCCUUGUGGUCAGGACUGCAAUCCCCCGGAUUAUCAAGAGCUUCUUCCUCCUACACAGAAGUCUGAUUCUUUCUCCACAAAAUUUUAAUUGUCAACCAAUCAAGAGAUGUAUGGGGAGAGCAUCCAUGGUGCAUGUAGAAGGGACAACAGGUUGUUUAAAAGCCAACCAAACAUGGUUAUGUUGCCGACAGUGUGUCAGCAGUGAACACCUUACACUUCUCCCUACAUUUAGCUAUUGUUAGUUAUUUGCAUUAAAUCACAAUAACUUUUCACGGGGUGGUUCAAAAUUUAUUUUCCUUGCUUAGCUUACCUUCUUUAGCCAUGCACUAAUUGUGUUUCAGUGGUCACUAUGAAAUUUAAAUUCCCCUGAGCUUUUUUCCACUCAGAAAGAGGUAUGGAAAUUGGGGCCUCCUUCCUUGAAAAUUUUUGAAACGGAUGGGUGUUUGCGUUCAGUGGUUUGUUGUAUCCUUAAUUUCUUCAUUAGCAGAAAGACAAUAGUUGUAAGUGAUUAUUGUUUAGUUGAGAGUCAUUUUAUGAUUCCUCUCUUUUGCUUUCUAUUUAAUAUCAACCGAAGUAAAUUGUAAAAAAAAACAAGCAAACAAUAUCAUUAAGCCCCAUUUGCAUCUAAAUGGAGCGGUGAGAACUUUUGAAAAUGAAGCAAAUAUGCCAAAUUAUAACCUUUAUAGCUAAAAAAUUUAUUAGGAAAUUAACGAAAAAUCCCUGAAAUUAUGCUCAAUUGAAAGAGCACAAUAGAUCUUUGAAAAUUCGUUUUAUAAUGAUUCCAGUUGAGCUGAACUGUAACAUUAAUCAGACCUGCGGCGUGAAUAUUGUUGCAAUUGCAAGAGAACCGAAACUAUUUUGAUGUGCACGCAAAAGUCAAAUACAUAGCUUUAAAAGAAAUAAACUUAAACAUGUGAAACUCACCGAUUUUCGUUAAGAAAAAGAGAUGAUGUGAUAUUGCGAUAUUCAAUUGGAUUGGAAAAAAAUCUUAAUUUUAUAAUCAGAUUUGAUUUUACAACGCCCAUGUUUGAAAUACGUAGUGACCUCGUAUUGCAAUUAGUUCUCACUGACAAGGUCAACUUACUCUGUAUUUUCAGAUUAUUUUAUUUUUCUUUGUUGAAACUUUUUUACAGCAGAGAAACUGAUUUGAUAAGCCUGUGGUUUAAAGGUCAAGGUACUUUUUAGUUAGAGGAUAAUCUUUCCUUCACCCUCUUUAUUGGGCUAACAACUUUGCGCCAAUAAUUACGGAUUUAAACUGAAAUCUUUCCUGAUGAUUUCUCAACGAAAUCGCUGUUAUCCAACCGGGAACGAAGUAUUUCAUAGCCCUGAAUAAUAAAUAAAGAGAAUCUGUAAAAAAUGAA